GUUGUGGGCCUUUGUAGGGUCGACCAAGUAACAAAGUACUGAAGUAGAGUAGGCUAUUCCCAAGUUUACGUCGGACGUCGGAGCUGGUACCAGGGUUUAAGCCGGAGGGAGGAGGUUAGCAAUCAAUCAGUGAUAUGCAAACGCGAUGGAGGACGAGGAGGGUUUAAGGAUCAAAGUGGUGUUCGAAGAUGGUGACAUUCUCAAUGAUUCCCAGAAAUCAGAGGGCCUCGAGAGAAGCUGGCUUCUCCUCAAACCCACGCACCACACAAUAAUCUCCCAAUUCUCUUCCGAUCUCUUCCACAACUUCAAACUCCAUAACUCCUGUCCCCAUGGCAUCCUCCUCUCUAUGGAUGGGUUUGUCUUGCCACCUUUUGAGUCAACUUGUUUCUUUAAAGAUAAAGAUGUAAUCAGUGUGAAGAAGAAGAAGAAGAAGAAGAAGGGAGGUUCGUUGGUUAUUGUAGGGGAUGCACCUAAUUUGGUGGAGAAUGUCCAAAGUGUUGAGAAACCAUCUGUAAAUACCAAAGCUCUGCUUUUGGCAAAUGAGGCAUUUAACAAGGAACAUGGGGGCUAUGAGAGUGACAGACCUGAAGAGGAGAGGAGAGGCCAGGUGGAUGAUUACAAUUUACAUAAGAAUUUGCUGGAUGGAGUUGCAGUCUCCAAGAAAAGGAAGGCAUCCGAGGAACUUCAUAGCACAAAGAAGAAGAAACAGUGCUCUCAAGUUGCAGAGGAGUGCAACAUUGAUGCUCAGACAGAGCCGAGUCAGCCGACUAAGAAAUCUAAACGAGAUCGGACAGCCAAGAUAAGUAAUAAAAAGGAACAACGAAAAUCUGAAUCUAAGAUGGAUGGGGCUGAAGAUAAUAAUGAAACUGCGGAAAUGACUAAAGACAAUCAUACUAAGCCCAACACAAAGAAAAAUGAUCACAUUCAAGAGAAUGGGAAGGAAUGCGUGGACGUGACAGCCAAGCCGGAAGAAAUACAAAAGCGGCCAAGCAGGAGCUCAAGGCGACAAUAUGCAAAGAGGAGGCUCAUACGGGAAAUGACUAAAAUUCUAAAGGAAAAUGCAGAUUCUCAAUUAAAGGCACUUAACAGUUCGAAGGACACGCAAUCCAAAGAUGGAAGCGAAGAGGCAGUUAGGCUACCAAAAGGACGUCAGAAGUGGAAGAAGGGACAAGCUAGGGCCAAAAGAGAAGAGGAUAUAAGCCGACCAAAAGGACAUAUACAUUGGAAGCAGAGACAAACUGGAGAUGAAAUCAAAGAAACCCCUGGUCAACCCAAGGGACUUCUAUAUUGGAAGGGAUUGCUUUGCGACGAUAUGACUAAAGAUAUGGACAAACAGGAAUGUACAAAUUCUAAAAACCUUUCCUGUGGUGAGCCUGAUCAAAAUAGUGAUAAUGCAGAUGGGGUUGUUCCAAUUGAACUUACUCCGGGACACAUCCACUCUGAGCUUCCAGGGAAAGAAGAAGCUGUGCAACAGAAUCAAGCUCAAGCGGAAAAUUUCAGGUGGAAUGGGGUCAUCAACAAGAAAAAUGACCAGAAAUUGGGCAAAGAGAAAAUUUCAUUCUCUCAAAGAAAUGAAAUUAAUGAGUUGAACAAAAAAUCAUCUGAAAUGUCAAGUGCUGAAAAGAUUACACAUUGUGAUGGAUCAAUUGACUUUGCUAAACUUCCAUCCCUCUCUGAUACACCUAAGGAAGGCGAUGUGAUUGCAUAUCGGCUGCUUAAGUUAUCAUCCAACUGGACUGCUGAGCUCUCCCCGUACCAUGUUGGCAAAGUAUCAUCAUUCAAUUCUGAAUCAAGUAGAGCUUCACUGAUGCCAGUUGCCGGAUAUCCAUUUUAUUCCAAAAAGUCAGGUGAAGAUGAAUGCGCCAUGCAACCUGAUAGCUCUCUUUAUAAAGAGGAUGGAUCAUUGGAGAUAGAUUUGUCAUCACUUGUUGAUGUUCGUGUUGUAAAAACUACCACCUUUAACCCUUCAAAAGAAGUUUCUGUUUGGACUGGUGUUGGUGCCUCCACCAACACAUUAACAGUUAUCGAGUGGCUCUAGUGAUAAGCAAACACCUACUAUUCCUGAAAAUGGGGAAGUAAACCAUGAAAAACAAAUGCAUACUUGCAGCAGAGAAAAUGGAGUGAACCUUUGGGAGCAACUCAGCGAGGCUUUAUCUGCGAAAAAGCAGCAAAGUAGUUGGGGUAAGGUGACUCCAAGCAAGAUUUCAUGGUCAUAUGAAGCUUCGAGAGGCAGUGGAUAUGCGCCUAGAAAAAAGGGUUUCUCUCGGUGGAAAAAUAAGAGAUAAAUGGUAUUCUAUGCUCUGGUAUGCUCCAUCCAUCACUUCCAACCUGUGCGAAGGAAAUGCCGAGGAUGAACUAAUUUCACAGCCCAAAACAGAACUACCCAGAACCGAAGUUUUAAUGUUCAUAUUGUCUAUUCAUGUGAUCUAGUUGCCCCAACAUGAACAAAAGAACAUUAUGGAUAUAUAUUUAUCCAAGUGUGUGGUUUUGUUUCUUCUCCA